UUCAGUCUCGUUGUGCACACACGUCGGUUCGGUUGUGACUUUGAUCGAAUUUAAAAGCGAAUAAAAUAGUGAGAAGUGAAAUAGAAUAAAUAUAAAUAGGUUUUUUACAAUUUUUGGGUAAAAUAUUUAAGAAAGUUAUUUUAGUGCAAAGAAAAUUGUGAGCGCACUUGUUGAGCCCAAAAAUUGAUUGUGAAAAUCAACAAAAAAUAUUUUGUGCAAGUAAAUACAAUAUUAAAUAUUAAAAAAUAAGUAAACAGCAAAUAUGUGGUAUUGAUUGUGUAGUGAUAGCAUAGUUAUACAUUACAACAAAUAUAAAUAUAUAGAGAUCACAAAUCAUCACAAACGCAGAUAAACUACAAAAUGUUAUCGCCAGGGAAUUUUGUGCGCGAUACCUUCCUAUCAUUCGUUCUACUACUCUCCGUAUACACAACAACUGCAACCAUGUCGAGUCACGAUCAACUUGUAGCACAACGUGAGUUCGCCAGCAAAUCGGCACAAUUUGCCGUAAAACUCUUCAAUCACAUGUACAAGAGCGAUCCGAACAAGAAUAUUAUCUACUCGCCUUUCUCGAUACAAACAUGUGUGGGCAUGGCACGCAUUGGCGCGGUCGGUGAAACCGCUGCGGAACUCGACCGCGGUCUGGGUCUACCACCGAACGAUGUGACGGCGAUCGCCGAUACUUUCCACAACGUAUUGGUAACCUAUAAGGAUAGUCCGAUUUUGAAGAUCGCCAAUAAGAUUUACGUAAUGCAAGGCUACAGCGUCAAGAAAGAAUUCAAUGAAAUUGCUACAACCAAGUUUUACUCCUCAGCCGAUAGCAUUAAUUUCGCUGACAACGCAAAUGCGGCAAACACAAUUAACAAGUGGGUGGAAUCCAAAACGAAUAAUCUAAUCAAGAAUCUCAUUUCACCGGAUGCGUUGGACUCUGACACGCGCGUGGUAUUGGUCAAUGCCAUACACUUUAAGGGUGAAUGGAAGUACCAGUUCCCGAAAUCGGCAACACGUGAUGAUGACUUCUACCUGAAUGAAGUCGACUCGGUACGUGUGCCAAUGAUGAAUUUGAAGGAAAGUUUCGGCUAUGGUGUUAUAUCCGAAUUGGACGCCACCGUGCUCGAAAUGCCCUACAAGGACUCCGAUCUAUCGAUGGUGGUGAUAUUGCCGAACUCGCGCACAGGAUUGGCCAGUCUACAGGAGAAGCUGAAGAACUUCAAUCUCAGCGACAUCACACGUUAUUUGAUCCACACGAAGGUCAUUGUGAAAAUGCCGAAAUUCAAGGCGGAAUACGAUAUCGAAUUGAAUGAUGCUUUGAUAAAUCUUGGCAUGGCACGAAUGUUCAGCAAAGACGCUGAAUUCAGUAACAUGCUCGAUUCGGACGAGCCACUGCAGGUCUCGAAAGUCGUGCACAAAGCCUUCAUCGAAGUGAACGAAGAAGGCACUGAGGCCGCGGCGGCAACUGGCGCCGUUAUACGUAAAAAACGUUGUGCCAUGUCCUUUUCCGAAAUACCGGAAUUUCAUGCCGAUCAUCCAUUCUUAUAUACGAUCAAACAUAACAGUUCCGGAGAUAUAGCUACAGCAAUUUCACUGUUUUUGGGCACAGUGAGCAGCCUGGAUGCUGUAAAUGCAUCCGAAAAUCAUGAUGAAUUGUAAAAUGCAAUAUUCAUUAGGCUUGUUGUUGUAGUAGUACCUCAUAUGCAUAUUUAAAAAAAAAUUAUACAUAUAUAUUGUAAAUU